GAACAUUACUGCACACGUAAUUCACUACAGUUACUUCCCCUUUUCCAAUUACAAAUGGCGGGAAAUUAAAAAGUGAGAAAUGGUAUUUCAAAGUUUACCGAAACAGUUGGUGGAUCGGUUAAUGCCAUUUCAGAAAGAAGGUGUUAAGUUUGCUGUUGGAAAACAUGGACGAUGCCUGAUUGCUGACGAGAUGGGUCUAGGAAAGACACUGCAAGCCAUAUCAGUUGCAUAUUACUACAAGAAUGAGUGGCCCUUGCUGAUUAUUGUCCCCUCCUCCCUCAGGUAUUCAUGGAUUGAAGAGUUUGAGAAAUGGUUGCCCGACAUUAAUCCAGGGGAUAUAAAUCUUGUACAGUCAGGCACUGAUGUCAGUGAUAUUGGCUCAGCCCGUGUUACCAUAACAACAUUUGGUUUGUUGAGUAAAGGAACAAGUCGUAUUCUACGAGAGGCGUUGAUGAACCAGGGAUUCCAUGUUGUCAUUGUCGAUGAGUCACAUUAUAUACGCAACAACAAAACAGUGUCGGCAAAAACUGUAGUCCCGCUGAUCAAGAAUGCUAUCUUGCUGUCUGGAACUCCAGCUCUUGCUAGACCAGUUGAACUGUAUCCUCAGAUAGAUGCAAUAUGCCCUGAUGAGUUUGGUACCUGGUGGACGUACACGGCCAGGUAUUGUGACGCCAGGCUAGAAUGGAUUGGAAAGGUCAAACGGAGAAAUGUGAAUGGUGCAAGUAAUUUGGAAGAGUUGCAGCAGAGGCUGUCUGAAAAGUUGAUGAUUCGCCGAGAGAAAAGUCAGGUACUUACACAGCUGCCACCUAAACAGAGACAGAGAGUUCUCUUUGAAUUGAAGGAUUCAGAAUUGAAAAAGGAAAUCAGACAAACAUUUGAUGAGUUGAGGCCCCUGAUGAAGAGGUCUAACCAGGAUAAUUUUGAGGUUCUGACUGGAGGUGGGGAACAUGAUGGCAAGGAUACAAACAUGUUAUCAUUGAUACAGAGACUUUACAAGCUCAGUGGUACUGCAAAGAUAGGUCCUGCAAAGGAGUAUAUAGAGAUGCUAUGUGAGAACCCUAACUUGAAGUUCCUGGUAUUUGCCUACCAUCAUGACAUGAUGAAUGGGCUCAGUGAGAGCCUGCAUGACAAGAAGGUAAAGUUCAUCAGGAUAGAUGGUGAAACUCCUCCCUCUGAACGACCACACUUGGUUCAUCAGUUCCAGUCUGACCCUGACACAAGGGUGGCUGUCCUCAGCAUCCUAGCUGCUGGAGUGGGAUUGACAUUCACAGCAGCCACUGUUGUAGUGUUUGCUGAGAUGUACUGGACUCCUGGUACUAUGAUCCAGUGUGAGGAUCGCGCCCACAGGAUCGGCCAGACAUGUUGUGUUGCAGUGCACUAUCUGGUUGCUAAGGAUACAAUGGAUGAAUGGGUGUGGUCUGUUGUCUGUAAGAAGACCAUAGUUACAUCUACUACUCUGACAGGAAAGAAAAGGAAGAUGGAAGCUAUGGAGGGGGACCGGUACCAGGUUGAUGUACUCUCUAAUGCUGAGGCAUGGGUACCAGCUAGCAAUAAUGAAACUUGUAAUCUCACAGAAUACUUUGAGACUACUUUGGAUUCAAGUCAGAAGUCCAUUCUACAUUUCUUCUCACCCAAACACAUCGCAAUGAAGAGAAAGCUGAAACAGGCAUCUGAAAACCAAGUUGAUGAAAGAGACAUUAAUGGUGUAAAUGAUAUUGUAGAUAUAGAGGAAGAUAGAGGUACACUGGAAGAAGUAGCUAUUGAUCAUAUGUGUCAUACACCAGCCAGUAAGAGACAGAAGAUAGAUCCUAGUGUAUAUAGUCAUAGUAUUGCUAAGGAACCAGUGACUAAGAAAAGCUCAGAAGGAAAGGACCAUAUCAUAGUAUUAGAUAGUGAUGGGGAAGAUGACUUUGUUGAUAGUAACUGUAAGAAUAAAUCACAGAAGUCUUUCAGUAGUUCCAAAAAGCGAAAAAGUAGAUCUGUAAAUCAUUCUUCAGUAUCUCCAAAAUACAGCUUGCAUGCCAUGUUUGAAAAGGCAGGGACUAGGGAGGUUUUGAAUGGAAGCAUUGAUAUAUCAGGAGAUAAUGAACAUACUCCAGUUAAAGGUGCAGGAAGUACUAAAGCUGAAAAUGAAAAUAAGGAAGAUAAUAGUAAUACUAAUGUUAGUGGAUUUGGCAGGAAUGAAUGGAGUUGCAGUCAGUGUACUUACUUAAAUCACAGAGAUCUUGUGUAUUGUGAAAUGUGUGAAACACCAAGGAAAUGUAAGGCUAUUUCUAAGUCACAUCAUACCAAUUCUGCCAAGGUCAAUUCACUGAAACAUGGAACUGAGACCUGGAAAAAAUUACCCAAACCAAAGAAUAAACAGGAGUCAGACGGGCAAAAGGAAAAUAUGAUAGACAGUAAAUUUGAUAGUCAGACAAGGAGUGUUUCAAGGAAAACACAAGAUACGGAAGAUGAAGAAGACGGCAUACAUUAUAUAGAUGAUACUAUUGACUUUGAUCCAGGUAGUGAUCAUGAUGAGACUACGAAAGAAUUAACUGAACCAGUUGAAUCUGUAACUGACACUUUCAAGGAUGAUUACUCUAUAGAUGAGUAUGGAAGUCCUGAUUCAGAAUUUGUCAGUGAAGUUCAAGAAGGAAUUGAACAACCAGGAACACUUGAAGAGAACCAGAUUGUAGAUGAGGUCUCUUUGGAAACUGUGAGAAGUGAGGAAUUAACGAAAGAAAAUGUUGGCGUGAUUAAUAAUGAUAAAAGAAAUGAUACAGGUUUACAGAAGAAAUUGGGGAAAGAAGACUCAAAGUCUUUCAGUUGUUCGUUGCAGUCCAAGUAUUUUGACAGAACUAAGUCAACUAAUACAACUCCCCACCCAUUGAGAAAGAAGGAAAUUAUUAUUGAAAAUAAUCUAAAAUUGAACACAUCUGUAAAUCAGAAAGACUUGCAAGACAACAAACAUGUCAAAAGUAUGUGCAAUAUAGAGGCCACAAAAAUAUCAGAAGAUGAAAGUUUUACCCCAACUUCUGGUAAAAAAUACAGAUUUAAAUCUGUUAGAAAAGGUAACGGUGUUCAUAACAGUCCUGGAGUUUUAAGUCCAAGUAGAUACAAUGUUGAGAUUGUUAAGCCAAAAGGAAAUACUUCUGAAAGAAAAAAUGAUAAAGCAGAGGAUACAUGGAAAACUGAGGCUGAUUAUGAUACCAUGGAUAUACCAGGUGUACAGGAUUGUGGUUCACUGAGUUUGGUUACUGUACAAACUGAAAAGUUAAGUGACACAGUGGUUGCUAAGGAAUGCACACCAAAAACUGGACAAACAAACAAUGAUUAUUCCUUUAGUUCACCAGAAUUAGAUCAGAUGUUAGCUACUGAGACUGAAGAUGUAAGUAAACCCGCAGUUGAAGAGAGGAGAGUUGUGGACUUACACACAGUUCCUGUCCAUUCCAUGUUUAAAUACCAAUGUAGUAAAUACACAGAUAGGAUUUAUUUACUCUCAAGGGAUGAGGAAGCUCUCGAUUUGAAUUUUAUACCUUCUGAUGUACAGUUUGGCAAUGAUGAUGGUCUUCCUGAUAUACUCCUUCAUCCUGACAACCUACGUCUGGUACAGAGAUUUGUUAGAGAGUGGCUGAGUUUAACUGAAACAAAGAGAAGACUGAUUGUGAAAUCAGGACAGCCUUUUAUCAGCCCUCUACAGCAAUAUGAGAAACUGAAGAGUUGUAAAACAGUCAACACACAGAGGCAUAAAACAAAGGACGAUACAAGUCAAGUUGCCUAUCAGAAAACAAAAGAUAUAAAUGGUAGUGUUAGAAUAGUGUCUAAACAUGCUGGAGUUCAUAGUGAGAACAGUGGUGAAGGAGGAGUAACACAGGCUGUAUCAGCAGAUGGUACCCCGCUCUGUCUUCAGUGUUUCCAGCCUUACACAAACCAUCUAGUCACAAAGUCUACAAUACAGGAUGAGAACAAUGCUUGGAACACAAGGUUCUGUUCCCAGAAAUGUUCUCAGGAAUACUGGAUGGUGAGUAACAAUGACUACAUUAGGGAUCGUGUGUUUGAAGCAGAACAUGGUAUAUGUCAGCUGUGUAAGUUUGAUGCACACUCUCUAUUCAGACAGAUCAGGGAUACUAGGGACCAGAGAAAAAGAGCAGAGAUUGUAACCAGCAGUAAAUUCAACAGCUUGACCAUCAAGAUUAAGGAACAGAUGGUUAGAAAACCUGCUGCAGGACAGUUUUGGCAUGUGGACCAUAUAGUUCCUGUAUGGGAAGGAGGUGGGCAGUGUGAUAUUGACAAUUUACGGACACUAUGUGUAAUCUGUCACCAGAAAGUUACAGCAAAACAAGCUGCAAAGCGGGCAACAGUGCGGAAACUUGGGUCUGCUGUGAAUUCCGGAGAUAUUACUGCUUUCUUUCAAAGAAACUGACAACUAGGAAUUUGCAUAAAAAGUGGAUACAACUCUAUAACAUUGAUGACCUGUGUGUCUAGCCAUUUUAAGGUGAAUUCACCAUAUAAAAAAAGGACAUCAGAAUGCCCACAUUAGCAAGAACACUACAUGUAGGUGCACCUACGGACCUCCUGUGCUACUAUAAAGCUAAAUAUUGGAUGUGGUUUGCAUAACAGUUGGACGCUACAAAUAAAACAAACAACAUCCAGAGAGUGCAAUGAAACAAAAACUUUAGAAACCUUAUUCAAAUAAUUUCACAAAUCAGGAACAAGUGCACACACUAUGUUGGGGACAACAGAUUGACUUUUAAAAAAGAAUACUCUUGCAGAAGAAUUUAUUUCAAAUUGUGAACAUACUGCUGAUAUAUGAAUUUACAUCUCAAAUCUCUUGAGGAAAAUGCUUGGUUUUAUCUUUCCAUAUAGUAGUACUCAACUGACUUCAAGCAUUUAAUAUUUUAUACUUUAUGACUGAUCCAUUUUAAUAUGAUAGAACUUUGAUUGAUUUAAAAUUGAAGGAUAAGAGUGUAUGAAAUAUGUAGAUUUAAUUCUUUGUUCACAUUAUAAAACAUUAUAUUAAUUAUAUGUAUAGUAUGUAAACUCAUAUUUUCAAGUAAUUGUUCAGAACCAACUUAAUGAAACAUAAGCUCACCUGAGCUUAGGAAGUGCUUGGUCUGAGCUAUUGUAAUUGCUCACCGUCCGGCAUCCAUUCAUCCACACUUUUCUUUGAACAACGUCUCCUUUGAAACCAUUUGAUGGAAGUAGAUGCAACUUUGCCUGGAUGUUCCUUAGGUGGUCCUCUUCCAAAGUUGUUCAAAUGGUUCUGCUACACCGCUUUUGAAAUAAUUUCACACAAAUGGUCUUUUACUUAACCUUCUACCAAGAUUUUUAGCCCACCAUCAUCAGAUGGUGGGCUAUUCAAAUCACUCUGCGUCCGUGGUCCGUCCGUCCGUCCGUCAUUCCGUCCGUCCUUCCGUUAACAAUUUCUCGUUAUCGCAUCUCCUCAGAAACUACCAGGGGGAUUUUGACCAAACUUUGUCAGAAUGAUGUAUUGGUACCCUAGUUGUGUCCCCCUGAAAAUCAGACUGGUUCAACAAAUUUUUAGUAAGUUAUGGCCCUUUGUUUAUUUCCAUAAUUAACAUAGAUUUAUAUAGGGAAAAACUUUGAAAAUCUUCUUGCCCCAAACCACAGAGCCUAGGGCUUUGAUAUUUUUGUAACUGUAGCAUCGUCUAGUGGUUCUCUACCAAGUUUGUUAAAAUUAUCCCCCUAGGGUCAAAUAUGGCCCCGCCCUGGGGGUCACAUGGUUCAUAUAGACUUAUAUAGGGAAAAGCUUAUAAAAACUUCUUGUCAAUAACCUACAACAUUCAGAUUUGGACCACAUGUAUGGUUUUGAGUGGCAAGAUGAACCUUGACCUGAGUUGACCUUGAUUUUGACCUAGUGACCUACUUUCACAUUUCUGUAGCUACAACCUUCAAAUUUGGACCACAUGCAUAGUUUUGUGCACUGAAAUAAACUUUGACCUUGACAUUGACCUAGUGACCUACUUUCACAUUUUUGAAGGUACAUGCUUCAAAUUUUGGACCACAUGCAUAAUGUCGUAUUCCGAAAUGAAAUUUGACCUUGAUUUUGACCCAGUGACCUACUUUCACAUUUCUCAAGCUACAGCCUUCAAAUUUGGACCACCUGCAUGGUAAUUGUACCGAAACGAACUUUGACCUUUACAUCGACCUAGUGACCUACUUUCACAUUUUUGAAGAUACAGGCUUCAAAUUUGGACCACAUGCAUAGUUCUGUAUUCCGAAAUAAAAUUUGACCUUGAUUUUGACCUAGUGACCUACUUUCACAUUUCUCAAGCUACAGCCUUCAAAUUUGGACACAUGCAUGGUUUUGUGUACCGAAACAAACUUGACCUUUACAUUGACCUAGUGACCUACUUUCACAUUUUUGAAGGUACAGGCUUCAAAUUUGGACCACAUGCAUAGUUUUGUAUUCCGAAAUAAAAUUUGACCUUGAUUUUGACCUAGCGACCUGCUUUCACAUUUCUCAAGCUACAGCCUUCAAAUUUGGACCACUUGCAUAGUUUUGUGUACCGAAAUGAACUUUGACCUUAAGAUUGACCUAGUGACCUACUUUCAGAUUUUUGUAGCUAUAGGCUUCAAAUUUAGACCACAUGAAUAGGAUUGUGUACCGAAACAAACUUUGACCUUGAUAUUGACCUAGUGACCUACGUUCACAUUUUUGAAGGAACAGGCUUCAAAUUUGGACCACAUGCAUAGAUUUGUGUUGUGAAGUGAAAUUUGACCUUGAUUUUGACCUAGUGACCUACUUUCUCAUUUCUCAAGCUACAGCCUUCAAAUUUGGACCACUUGCAUAGUUUUGUGUACCGAAAUAAACUUUGACCUUAAGAUUGACCUAGUGACCUACUUUCAAAUUUCUCAAACUACAGUCUUCAAAAUUGAUGCACAUGCAUAGUUUUUUGUACAAAGAACUUUGUCCUUGAAAUUGAUCUAGUGACCUACUUUCACAUUUCUCAAGUUACAGCUUUCGAAUUUAGACCACAUGCACAGUGUUGUGUACGGAAAUGAAAUUUGACCUUGAGCUAGUCAGUAAGUCUUGAAAUUUGGAACACACAAAAAUGACACAUUGGUGGGCGCCAAGAUCACUCUGUGAUCUCUUGUUCAAAUUAUCCGGAUUCAUCAACAGGGAGCGGGGUACUUUUCCCAGUAUGUUUAUAUUGGAAAUUUUAAAAUUCUUGUAUGAAACUGCUGGCCCGAUUUUAAAUUAAUUUCACACAAAUGGUCCUUAUGUAACCCUCUACCAAGAUUGUUCAAAUUAUUUAGAUUUGACAAAAAUUAUGGUGACCAGAGGGCAUGGUCACUUUACCUUAUAUGUGUAAAGUGGAAACUUUAAAAAUCUUCUUGUAUGAAACUGCUGACCCAAUUUUAAAAUGAUAUCAUACAAAUUGUCCUUGUUUGACCCUCUACCGAACGUUCAGAUUUUUCCGAUUCGUCAAAAAACAUGGCCGCAUAGGGGCAUGGUCACUUUUGCCUAUAUGAAUAUAGUGGAAACUUAUCAGUUUUCUUGCAUGGCCCGAUUUUAGAAUAAUUUCACACAAAUGGUCCUUGUUUGACCCUCUACCAAGAUUGUUCAAAUUAUAUUGAUUCAUCAAAAAAAAAAUCUUCCCAAUGCAUACACUAUUUCAUAAUAGUUUCACAGAUGUAUAAUUAUCUUGCAAAACUGUUCAGGUAACAGUAUAACUCAGAUGAACAACCUAAGGCCAUCAUGGCCCACUUGUUAUUUAAAAUAUUUGUUUUUGUUUUUGUUGGAUUUAACAGUGUUUAUCAGUAUUUUAGCAUGACUAUUUGAAGAUGAUGCAGUUACCCAUAAGCUGGUGUCUCAGUAACCACUUGUUGAAACUUCACAUGUUCUCUGUGAUUAUUUAAUUUGCAGUGCAAAUAUUCCAAGUUCUGUUAUGCUUGAUGAAGUGACAUGCAGUGUGCAUGUUCCAUAACUCUGGGUUUUUUUGGGUUUUUUUUUACAGAGUUAUUCCCUUUGUUGACUAAGCAAUUUUGGUUAAGUUUUUUGCAUGUAAGUGGAAGUGAGCUACUUGAACUCAAGCAAACUUUUUGUUGCUAUAAUACUUGUGUCAUUAUAUUCAUUCAUGUAACCUUUUUUCUGUCAUAACUGUUGAAUAGUCAAGUGUUGCUAUCCUUGAGAUAUUCAGCAAUCAGUUAACUAACCACUGGUCCUGUUCCCCAAACAUUCAGCAGUCAGUUGACCCAACCAUUUAUCCUGUCUUCCCAACAUUCAGCAAUCAUUUGACCUAAGGCCAUGUCCUCCAAACAUUCAGCAAGCAGUUGACACAACAACUGGCCAUGUCUUCCCAACAUUCAGCAAGCAGUUGACCCAUUCACUGUUCAUGUCCUCCCAAUGUUUAGUGAUAAAUUGAUCCAACAACUGGUUGUGUCCUCCCAACAUUCAGCAAGCAGUUGACUCAACCGCUGAUCAUGUCCUCCCAACAUUUAGUGAUAAGUUGAUCCAACCAGUGGUCAUGUCCUCCCAAUAUUUAGUGAUAAGUUGAUCCAUCCAGCAACUGGUCAUACCCUCUCAACAUUCAGCAGUCAGUUAACCCAACCACUGGUCAUGUCCUCCCAACAUUUAAUGAUAAGUUGACCCAACCACUGUCAUAUCCUCCCAACAUUUAGUGAUAAGUUGACCCAACCACUGUCAUAUCCUCCCAACAUUCAGCAGUCAGUUGACCCAACCACUGGUCAUGUCCUCCCAACAUUCAGCAGUCAGUUGACCCAACCACUGGUCAUGUCCUCCCAACAUUUAGUGAUAAGUUGACCCAACCACUGUCAUAUCCUCCCAACAUUCAGCAGUCAGUUGACCCAACCACUGGUCAUGUCCUCCCAACAUUUAGUGAUAAGUUGACCCAACCACCGAUCAUGUCCUCCCAAUAUUUAGUGAUAAAUUGACUCAACCACUGGUCAUGUCCUCCCAACAUUUAGUGAUAACUUGACCCAACCACUGGUCAUGUCCUCCCAACAUUUAGUGAUAAGUUGACCCAACCACUGGUCAUAUCCUCCCAACAUUUAGUGAUAAGUUGACCCAACCACUGUCGUAUCCUCCAACAUUUAGUGAUAAGUCGACCCAACCACUGUCAUAUCCUCCCAACAUUUAGUGAUAGGUUGACCCAACCACUGGUCAUGUCCUCCCAACAUUUAGUGAUAAGUUGAUCCAACCACUGGUCAUGUCCUCCCAACAUUUAGUGAUAAGUUGACCCAUCCACUGGUCAUAUCCUCCCAACAUUUAGUGAUAAGUUGACCCAACCACUGUCAUAAUAUCCUCCCAACAUUUAAUGAUAAGUUGACCCAACCACUGUCAUAUCCUCCCAACAUCUAGUGAUAAAUUGACCCAACCACUGAUCAUGUUCUCCCAACAUUUAAUGAUAAAUUGACCCAACCACUGGUCAUAUCCUCCCAACAUUUAGUGAUAAGUUGACCAACCACUGUCAUAUCCUCCCAACAUUUAGUGAUAAGUUGACCCAGCCACUGUCAUAUCCUCCCAACAUUUAGUGAUAAGUCGACCCAACCACUGUCAUAUCCUCCCAACAUUCAGCAGUCAGUUGACCCAACCACUGGUCAUGACCUCCCAACAUUUAGUGAUAAGUUGACUCAACCACUGUCAUAUCCUCCCAGCAUUUAGUGAUAAGUUGACCUAACCACUGGUCAUGUCCUCCCAACAUUUAGUGAUAAGUCGACCUAACCACUGUCGUAUCCUCCCAACAUUAAGUGUUAAGUCGACCCAACCACUGUCAUAUCCUCCCAACAUUCAGCAGUCAGUUGACCCAACCACUGGUCAUGUCCUCCCAACAUUUAGUGAUAAGUUGAUCCAACCACUGUCAUGUCCUCCCAACAUUUAGUGAUUAAUUGACCCAACCACUGUCAUGUCCUCCCAACAUUUAGUGAUAAAUUGACCAAACCACUGUCAUGUCUUCCCAACAUUCAGCAGUCAGUUGACCCAACCACUGGUCAUGUCCUCCCAACAUUCAAUGGAACAUCAUGGAGAAUGUGUAUCAUGACCAGAAUGCAAACCUUCAGUCUCUCAUACUGUGAAUUUUGUACUAAGUAGAACCAGUUUAGUAACCUAGUUAUUGUUUAUUAUUGAUGCAGCUGACUUUAUAUUUAUGUCAAACAAAUGAUAAUUCAAAAGACUAAUCCUGUGAAUCUGUUGAAGUUGAUUCAUACAUCUAUGUGGAUAUCAAAGAUAACUGUUCUAUGUCCAAGAAUAAGGUGCUUUAAAUUUGAUAUUUGAAUCUGCCAUUGGAGAUUUCUUUUGUCUUUUCUUCAGGGGGUACUUUUUUUACGUAGGUAUAAUGAAAAUGCAAGCAUAUUCAUUUCAAAACUUAGAUUUCCUUUACUUCAUCCAAGGAGAUGAAGUUAGAACCUAGAAAAUAUUUCUUUUGAAGACUCAAAAUCAAAAAGUUUUUUUUGGUUGACGUAUAAAAGUGUUGAAAAGUAUAUAUCAUAGGCAUAGCCAGAGCUAACAUACCUGGAAUUUUUUACAUUACGCAUACUGUGCAUUAUGGAUGCUACGCCCUUGUAUAUGAAAUUUGAUGAAAAGUACUAUAAGUAUUCGGGAACAAAAUUUCUAGAUCAGUUUCAGUAAAGUUUAUUUAAACCAAACAUAUGAUUUGUAGAUAAAAUAAUCAGUUGUGUAUACACUGUAAACAAGGCAUACACAUGUAUAUGUGUUACAUUUGGAGAAAGUAAGAACUUCACAGAACACAACAUUCUUAUAGUUAUGUUGAAUAUUUUUGUUGUAAACGUGACUAUCAGUCAAAACAAUAAAAGCCCUUAACAGAUAAGAGAAAUAACAUCCAAGUAUAAAAUUAAGCCUUGAGGCAAUUUUUCCGUUAAUUUUAUUACAGCAUUUAUUUCAAGCAUUUUGGGUUGGUAGAAUUAGAAGUACUGACAAUUUGAACCGAUGUUAUUCACAAAUAAUUGAUUGAAAUAGAGGGAAAAGAUGUUGGCACAUAACUUUUUAUCAGUGGAAGAAAAUUGUGUAUUUUGUGUUUUUGUUUAAAAAGGUAUUUCUCAGUUAUUUUCUUGAUUGUGUUCCAAUUACUGGCAACAACUGAGGGAAACUAAUAGGUUUAUAGUUUCCUGUUUUCAUGUAACAAACAUGAUAUAUAUAUAAACAUACCAGAAUAGUAUAUGUACAUGCAAAUUUAUAGGUAUAUUUAUUAAUAGAUUUAAUGAAAUUUCUUAUUCAGUACAGCUGUUUAUCCAUGCAGAAUUAGUUGUGUAUGAAAUACAAUAAAUGUGAAAAUUGA